AUGGGACUCAGCUGCUUCAAGUCCUGGAAACAUGACAGUACAGGCCACAAAGGUAACAGAGAUGUGUUGGCCAGCCCAGGCUCGUAUUUCUUCCUGUCUAACAGCGCUGGUCAGGGUGACGAGUGGCUGAAGAGCCUCAACAAAGGAGUGUGGAUCCCUUUCACAGGGGUCUUUGGUCAGCGUCUGGAGGAGACGGUGCUCUAUGAGCGACGUUAUGGAGUGCGCUUGGUUCCUCUGGUGGUGGAGCAGUGUGUGACCUUCAUCCGGGAGCGUGGCCUACAGGAAGUGGGCUUGUUUCGACAACCAGGACAGGCCAGCCUGGUCAAAGAGCUGCAGGAGGCUUUUGAUGCAGGGGAGAGACCGUCCUUCGACAGCAGCACAGACGUCCACACGGUGGCGUCACUGCUGAAGCUCUACCUCAGACAGCUGCCAGAGCCUCUGGUUCCAUACAGACGCUACCAGGACUUCCUGCUCUGUGGUCAGAAGCUGUCGAGUGACCACACACUGGGUUUGGGGGAGUUGAGGAAUCUCCUUCAUGAGUUGCCAGUUGCAAACUUCAACCUACUCAACUUUAUCUGCCAGUUUCUAAGUGAGGUCCAGAGUUACUCCAGCAGUAACAAAAUGAGCGGCCAGAACUUGGCCACUGUGUUUGGGCCAAACAUCCUCCGAGCCAAAGCUGAAGAUCCACAAAGCAUCAUGGGAGGUGCAGCACUGGUCCAAGUGCUGAUGUUGGAGCUAAUCAGGGAACAUGAAUCUCUGUUUGCCAAAUUACCCCCAUCCAUCUCCGCCCGUCCACCUGGAGGUUCGCGUGCAUCACCAAGUGCUCUGAGGCAGCCUCAUCUCCAUCCGUCGCCCUGCCUUCGCCAGCUGUCUCUGCCUCUUAUCACAGAGCGUUCCAGAGAGCCAGGACAGGCCACCACAGACGCACCGAAUCCCAGCUGUAUAAACUCUGCUGCUACCAAAUCAGAAUUGUCCUCUGGCCAGAAGAGAUUUCUCGGCCAUCGUUACACCUCCUCCCACCCAGAGAAUUGUUUCUCCCCCCUCCCCUCCUCCAGUCAGCCCUUUCAGUACCACUCUGACAGACACAACAUAGAUUUUCACCAGCACCAUGCUGGCCAAGGACCCUCCCCAGCAAAUGUCCAAGCCUCUACAACCAGCUUCCAACUACAAGACCCUCUGCCAGAUAGCUCCAGGCCGAUGCUUAUUGGCUGGGCAAAGGCCUGGCCCGGCUCGGGAGAGGCAGGCGCUGGUUUUUGGAGCUCUGGUGCUGCAGAGGAAGAGGGUGUAGUGCCAGAAACAGCCAGUAGGGACAGCAGUGAUGCUCAGGAGGACAGCACGCUUUCUGCCUACGACAACCUGGAGAAAGUGUCUCAACAUGAAAGGAUGGAGGAUGUCACUGAUGGACAUCUUGAAACCAACGAUCCUGGAGGCCAUAUUGGAACUUGUGAAGAGGAGGCAGAGCUAGAGGGGGCAAGGCCGACAGGGGACUCCUCCUCUUCAUGGUCUUCUUGCGAGGUUCUACCAUUGGAUGAGAGCAAUGAUACUACGGGUGCAGUUAGUCCUGACAUAUCACCAAAGAGACCUAAAAGGUUAACUUCAAGUCAGAUAACAGAAGAGGAAAAGAGUGAUAAUGAAGAUCAUGAAGAAAACAACAAUGACAAUGAUGAGAACUGUUACAACAAUGAUGACGACGUUCACCACCCUAACUCCCCAGCCUCCUGUUCUGUACUUAGUGACAGCCCCCUCAGUACGGGCAGCUCAGAGGUUUUCCUCCCCUCUGGCCCUCCAGACCUUCAGGUACCUGAGCCUCAGCCACAGCCCAAGGAUGCUCACUCACUCUUGGCCGAGCUGCGGCAGCAGAUGGCCCAGCAGAAGGCCGAGUACCAGGCCAGGAUACAAAGGUUAGAGCGCUGUAAUGAUGUCUUACAGCAGCAGCUUGCGGUACUGCGGGUCAGUCUGGACCAGCAGAAGCGCAGCCAAAGUGUCGCCGAGAUCAAGAUCCGCAACAUGGAGAGAGCGAAAGCCGACGCCGACCUCCGAAACACCACACUGCAGAGAGAAAUGGAGCUGUUCUUCCAGAUGUAUGGAGAGUUCAGAAGAAAAGGAGGAGAAAGAGGAGGAGGGAGUCUCUAA